AUGCCCGCAACCCAACCCAGGUCUCCCACGUGGGUGGCAGGAACCCAGUCACUUGGGCCAUCACCACCGCCUCCCAGGGUCUGCAUUAGCAGGAAGCUGGAAUCAGGAGCCAGAGCCAGGAAUCGAACCCAGAUAGGUGAUCUUCAGCUUUGCAAACUGGAUGAACUAGAUUGCUUAAUAAAAGGAAUUUUGUACAUUGACUCAGUUGGAUUCAAUGGACGGUCACAGUGCUAUUACUUUGAAAACCCUGCUGAUUCUGAAAAAUGUCAGAAAUUACCAUUUGAUUUGAAAAAUCCAUACCCUCUGCUUCUGGUGAACAUUGGCUCAGGGGUUAGCAUCUUAGCAGUAUAUUCCAAAGAUAAUUACAAGCGGGUCACAGGAACCAGUCUUGGAGGAGGAACUUUCUUUGGUCUCUGCUGUCUUCUUACUGGCUGUACCACUUUUGAAGAAGCUCUUGAAAUGGCAUCCCGCGGAGAUAGCACCAAAGUGGAUAAGCUAGUACGAGACAUUUAUGGAGGGGACUACGAGAGAUUUGGACUGCCAGGCUGGGCUGUGGCUUCGAGCUUUGGAAACAUGAUGAGCAAGGAGAAGCGAGAGGCUGUCACUAAAGAGGACCUUGCCAGAGCGACUCUGAUCACCAUCACCAACAACAUUGGCUCCAUAGCGAGAAUGUGUGCCCUUAAUGAAAACAUUAACCAGGUGGUAUUUGUUGGAAAUUUCUUGAGAAUUAACACGAUCGCCAUGCGGCUUUUGGCAUAUGCUUUGGAUUAUUGGUCCAAGGGGCAGUUGAAAGCUCUAUUUUCGGAACAUGAGGGUUAUUUUGGAGCCGUUGGAGCACUCCUUGAAUUGUUGAAGAUCCCUUGAUUGUUACCUGGGGAGGGGUUUCUGGAACUUUCCACGAUGGGAUCUAUGGACUUUUUUUUAA